UGGCGCCCAGCGUCUUGUGUUUUAUUCUUCACCAAUCAUGACAGAGCAGCCUGGCCCAAUGCACUGAAAGAAGAGAGAACCUUCGACCGUGUCUUCUGCCCGCCUCUCGUCUUCCUCUUGCUCGCGCCCACAAACGGAGAGUGGGUCCACGCCAGCGAUUUCAACACGGCCAUGGCGCCACCCCGCCUCGACGCAGCCGAGGACGCGCACGAGCUCCAGUCGUUUCUUCGCGAUGGUUCAGCCACAGGCGAUGCGCACCGGCGCCAUGCGACUAGAGCAGCAACGAACGGCGAACCGGAAAGCAAGGGCAAGGGGGACACCUAUGCAGAUGAUGAAGACGAGGGAAGCAGUGACUAUGACGAGGACUUUGCCGACGAGACCUUUCGGCUCCGAACUGGACGGCCUUCGGCGUCGCUGGACCUCCCGCCAGGGGCGGCUGCAGCGCUGCGACGGGAGGCCGGAGUAGACGAAGAUGCUGUUGAUGACGAGGAGAGCGCGCACAGCAAGCGUCAGAUGACAGAUGAUCCGAUGGUCAUCAUUUCGAGGGCCGUUCCGGACACAGACGACCCGACGCUGCCGGCAUUUACGAUCAGAGUCGCGCUCAUUGGCUCCUUCUUCGCCAUCAUUGGCGCUGGCAUUAGCCAGGUGAGAGACAUCGCAGGCUUAUCUUGGCGACUCACACCCUGACUUCUGCCUUUCCAGCUCUUCUUCUACAAGUCCAACUCGCCCUCCUUCUCGUCGUACUUUGUCAUUCUCGUCUCGUUACCCAUCGGCCGCUGGAUGGCCAGGAGCUUUCCGAAGCAAUCGACGCACAUCCCUUUCACCAGCUUCUCCGUAGACCUUAAUCCGGGCCCUUUCAAUAUGAAGUGAGAAUGACUCCUACCCCGGCCUCUUGUGUUCGCCGAUGCUUACAGUCCCUCGUCAGAGAGCACCU